UGCUAGAAACAGAGACAGUACUGAAAUGGCUCCAUGGAAUUCAUUUCCAUUAGAGGUGAUCUACCAAAUAUUGGGUUGGUCAGCUUUCGUUUCAUGGACUGUUUGUGCCUACCCUCAAGUCAUCUUGAAUUUUCGUAGGAAAAGUGUCGUGGGCUUAAGCUUAGAUUAUGAGAUUCUGAAUUUCACGAAGCACUGGUCAUAUCUGAUAUACAAUGCUUCCCUCUUCUUUAGUCCAGCAAUUCAGAAACAGUAUUUCAACAAGUAUGGGUAUGCACAGAUGAUUCCAGUAGCUGCUAAUGAUGUUGCUUUCUCCACUCAUUCAGUCAUAAUGAAUUUAAUUAUACUGUCCCAAAUUGUAAUCUAUGAACGUGGAAAUCAGAAAUUCUCCAAAUACGCCAUUGCAUUAGUUGCUGCUGCGUGGUUCAGUGCUGCUGUUUGUUUCUUCAUAGCAUUGCCUACCCAGUCUUGGCUUUGGCUAAUCUCCAUCUUCAACACAAUUCAAGUAUGCAUGACGGUCAUCAAAUAUUUUCCACAGGCAUUCAUGAAUUUCUUGAGAAAGACCACAGAUGGAUUCAGCGUUUGGGGUGUUCUCCUUGAUUUCUCUGGUGGGGUCUUUAAUUAUUCACAAAUGGCAGUACAAUCUAUUGAUCAAGGUUCCUCGCUGAAUUUCUAUGGAAACAUUGGGAAAUUCUUGAUAUCAUUGAUAACUAUAAUCUAUGAUUCUAUUUUAAUGUGCCAACAUUAUGUGCUAUAUUCUGACAAGAAAGGGCAUACAACUUCUAAAAAUUCCGAAGAAAUCAAGCAGCCACUAAUCAAUUCGAGUCCAGCAGAUCAACAAAUGAAAGGUCCAGUAGUGUAAAUCUUCAUAUCAGCCUCCAGCAGAAGUCCGAGGUUGAAAUUUGAUCUUGUAGUGUAAAAUACCAAUAUACCUAAACUCUAUAUCAAAAGAUGUAAUUCAAAACCCUCACUUUGAUGUGAAUAUUGGUACUAGUUUGUAUGCCUCACCCACACUGAAAAACAACUUUGUUCAGUAUAUAAUGUAAAAGAAUGUAGUUUAUCAGCCGACUAAUUAAAAUCAACAGAUGAAAAUAAACAAAGAUAAAUGAAAUGAAAGGAAAUUGUAAUA